AUGGGCGUUCUUGGACCAGAGUUCCUGCUCAUGCUGACGUUAGGCCAGUGGACGUCCGCUAGGGCGUCAGUAAAGGAGCUUACGGAAAUGGGUCACAGGGACUGGACCAUCGUGCAUGGCUUCUACGCUGAUAUGGGUGGUUUUGUGCUCCAUGGACCGGGAAUUGAAAUACCAUUUCCGAUAGACGCCCAGCAGUUCCUGUUCCUCGUAAAACACGGGUAUAUCGAAUACCCUCGGAUUACGAAAGAAGACAUCAUGGAUCGAAACAAGUCAGAUGGGCUCGCGAGAUGUAUCGCCGUCUGCCAGGCCGUGUGGAUGGUCAUCGAUUGUUUCACACGGGUAGGGCUGGGUUUGACCCUGACUAAACUGGAGCUGACCACGCUCUCGUUCAUCUUGGUAUUUCUGGUGACUUCAUUCUGCUGGUACUACAAACCGCAGGAUGUUACUACUACGGUGCCCAUCCACUGUGUUGUCCACAUUGACCAGAUUCUUGCAGAGAAUGGAAUCCACGGUAUCAAUCCGUGGCACACUAGCCCACUGGAUUUUGUUCAUGAUGAAGCCUUCUUCUGUGAGCGUUUCUGGCGCUAUUACAUGGAGAUUUUAUCAAAAGUCCACCUGUCUAUCUUCUCGCGGAAGGUAGACACCCGGCCGUACAAUCGCAUCCCCAGCGACCGAUUUCAGUCUCUGGAUAGGCUAGCCGAAGUAAUCGGUGCUCCUGUGAUUGUCGGAUUCGGUUGCAUCUUCAUGUUCGCGUGGAACUUCAAUUUUCCGUCGCCCACGGAACAACUCCUAUGGCGAGCGGCUAGUAUUUACACGCUGGUAUAUACAUUUUUCGGAUCCGCCUGCGCGCAAUACUGUCAUAAAAUCCUGCUUCCACGAUGGUCGAAGCAGCGAGCACCGUUGCCCAUUGCGCAGAGGGAUAAUCUUCCCGCCAUACUACGCAAUAUACAUCCAUCGAAGGAUCCCCGUUUGGACAUCCCGCUGCGGGCGCUGAUACCUGUGUCUGUACUCUGCGCCCUGUACUGUGUUUGUCGGGGUUAUAUACUGGUCGAGGACUUUGUCGGGCUACGAAGCUUACCCGCCACUGCGUUCCAGACGGUGGAGUGGUCAGACUAUGUACCUCAUUGGUAGGUCUGAGAUCCGGCUUUGGAUAAUAUAUACAAAUCUAGUUUGAUAGAUCGGUAC